GCUAGCCCUCACCCCAGAAGGGAAGAGGCAGGGAAGCCAAAUCUAGCCAAUGAACCAGGGGCAAAACCCCUGGGUAUUCUGCCAAUGAGGGUGCUGGCCCCUGCUCCAAGUCUAUAGCUAUAGUCAUGUGUUUUAUCCUGAUAUACACCUAUGAUUUGGCAAGUGGUGAGAUGACUCAGAAGAAUGAUCCCUGAGGAUUUGGUGGAGAUGGGGAGGAGGCAUCAGAAUGUGGAGGAAUACAAGAAAAAGAAAGAGAAGAAAGAAAUAGGGAAUCAGCCAAGGAAGGAAAGAAAGGGACACAUACUUAAUAUGUGGUGUCAAAAGGUCCACAAUCCCAUCUCAAAGUGGAUCCUUCCUCCAGGUGCUGGAGGAAUCUACUGGCAGAGAGCCAGAUGUUUCCCACCCCCUGUGUUCAUUGCCAUCAUCAGCAUUCUCCAGCUUGGUAUUUUCGUUUACUACACCUUCUGGAAGCCCCAGGAAGAGUGGAACACUCCAGAAAUGGGCAUCUGGGAGAGUCCAUUCAUUUAUCGGCCAGACAAGAGGAAGCAAGCUUGGAGGUUCAUCUCUUACAUGAUGGUGCAUGUUGGGUUUCAGCAUAUUUGUGGAAAUGUACUUAUGCAGCUUCUUUUGGGACUUCCCUUGGAAAUGGUUCACAAAGGUCAUCGAGUGGGGCUGGUCUACCUGUCAGGAGUGUUUGCAGGAUCUCUUGGAAGUUCUGUCUGUGAACCUUUCCAAGCUCUAGUGGGGGCUUCAGGAGGAGUCUAUGCUCUCACGGGAGGCUAUUUUAUGAACGUUUUAGUGAAUUUUAAAAGCAUGGUUCCUUUGUUUGGAUUUUUCAGACUAACGCUCAUCCUGUUCAUUUUUGCAUUUGACAUGGGACUUGCCUUCUUCAGAAAAUUUGUGGCUUCUCCAGGUGGGCCCCCGGUGUCCGUGUAGCUCACAUUGCUGGUGGCUUGACCGGGAUGACUGUAGGUUUCACUGUAUUUAGCUGCUUUGAAAAGGAGUUGCUGAAAGACCGGAUGUUCUGGGUUACAAUCAUUGGUUAUUUUGUUUGUGUUUUGCUUGCUGUGUUUUUUAACAUCUUUUUAUCACCAGUAGACUUCCUCUAAGAUAGUCCAAUUAAAAAAAAAACCACUCGUGAGAACACAAAGACAUCUUUGAAAGGCAAAGGGGAAUUCCAUUAACUGUUUAUUUUGUCUCCUUCACUUUGUUCCCAGUGAGAACCUCUAUUUGGAAGGCACAUAUAGAGGAUCCAUAACAAGG